AUGACUACGCCCCGAAUUUGCAUUGUGGGUGGAGGUGUGCUAGGGGCAGCUGUUGCUUAUCAUUUAUGUGAAGCUGGAUGUACAAAUAUUGUGAUUGUUGAACGGACUGGUAUUGCUUGUGGUGCAUCGGGAAGAGCAGGUGGAUUUUUGGCGAAAAAUUGGUCUGAUUCUAAAUCUGUUGGUCAGUUAUCCACGGCCAGUUUUCUCUUACAUGAAAAAGUAGCCGAAAAACUUCGUCAAGAGUAUAAUAUUGAUGUGAUGUACCGAAGAGUAACUACACUCAAUAUAUCAUUAAAAGAAAAAACAACAACAACGCCACAGAGAAAAUCAGAUACACUGCCAAAAUGGGUGACCGGUGACGUGUUCAAAGAAGAGAUUUUAGGAACAGAAGCAACAACGGCUCAAGUACAUCCAGGUUUAUUAACAAACGGUUUGGUUAGAGUGGUGGAAAGCAAAGGUGGUCGUGUUUUAAUAGGCAAAGCGAAUGGUUUCUUAUUUGAGACAAUCACAACGCAUACCGAAAAAGAUCAUCAUCACCAAACAGCUCCAGUUCAAGCGAGUAAACUGCUACUUGAAAAUCAAGAUCCCGUUGAAGCUGAUAUAUUUAUAUUGACACUUGGACCAUGGACGUAUCAAGCAGCGACAUGGUUCAAAGAUAGUGUUUCAUUUAAACCUAAUAUUUCACGUCAGCUUGAUUGUAUUCAAGGACUGAAAGCUCAUUCGAUUGUAUUUAAGGGUAAUCAACCAACCGAGCCAUAUGCCUUUUUUUUAAAUUAUGUAACAAGUGCAAAUGGAAUAAUUGAUCCAGAAAUAUAUCCAAGGCCUAACGGCGAUAUUUAUGUAUGUGGAUUUGGUGAGCAAACAACACAAAAUUUACCGGACGAUGCAAAUCAUGUAUCAAUUAAUGAAACAAGUUGUGACAAAUUAAAAGAAAUUGCAAUACAUGUAUCGUCAACGCUAAAAGAUGCUAACGUUGAAGUACGGCAAGCAUGUUAUCUUCCCAUAUCACCAGAUGGCAUACCGCUAAUUGGAAAAUUAUACGGGUUAGAAAAUGUUUACAUUGCUACUGGUCAUUCGUGUUGGGGUAUUCUAAAUUCACUGGAAACAGGUCAUCAAUUAGCACAGCUUAUCAUUAAUGGACAAGUGUCGCCAAUUUUGAAUACAUGUGAUCCGGCCAGAUUCAGUAAAGGUAGUUGA